AUGUCGAAUGAUUCGGUUAAAUCGUUUUCAAGUUUAGACACAACUGGAUAUGUAGGUUUUGCAAAUCUUCCUAAUCAAGUACAUAGAAAAUCAGUAAAAAAAGGUUUUGAGUUUACUUUAAUGGUUGUCGGAGAAUCAGGUUUGGGUAAAUCUACUCUUGUUAAUAGUCUCUUUCUGACUGAUUUGUAUCCUGAAAGAGUGAUUCCUGAUGCAGUGGAAAAAACACAUCAAACAGUCAAACUUGAUGCAUCUACAGUAGAAAUCGAAGAGAGAGGAGUCAAAUUGAGAUUAACCGUUGUCGACACUCCUGGUUAUGGAGAUUCUAUCGACAAUACCGAUUCUUUUAAGGCUAUUAUACAAUAUAUUGAUGAACAAUUUGAAAGAUUUCUAAGAGAUGAAAGUGGACUUAAUAGGAGGAACAUUGUUGAUAACAGAAUACACUGUUGCUUUUAUUUUAUUUCGCCAUUCGGUCAUGGGUUGAAGCCAUUAGAUAUUGAAUUCAUGAAACAAUUACACAACAAAGUUAAUAUUGUACCAGUCAUUGCCAAAGCAGAUGUUUUAACUAAAAAAGAAGUGCAAAAACUUAAAAAUAGGAUAUUAGAUGAAAUAAAUUCAAAUGGUAUUAAAAUCUAUCCGCUUCCUGAUUGUGAUUCAGAUGAGGAUGAAGAUUAUAAAGAGCAGGUUAGACAAUUAAAAGAAGCUGUUCCAUUUGCUGUUUGUGGUGCGAAUGCAUUGCUCGAAGUCAAAGGUAGAAAAGUCAGAGGUAGAUUAUAUCCUUGGGGAGUUGUCGAAGUUGAAAAUCCCGAACACUGCGACUUCAUAAAGCUUAGAACAAUGCUCAUUACUCACAUGCAAGAUUUACAAGAGGUCACACAGGAAGUUCACUAUGAAAAUUACAGGUCGGAAAGAUUAGCAAAGGGAGCUCCCGUGCCUAGGCGUCAAACUUUAACGAUUGACCACCAACAGGUAUGUUACAAAAAUUCAAUACCGGAAGUGAAAGAUCUAAGCGAAAAAGAUAGAAUGCUCCAAGAGAAGGAAAGAGAAUUGCAAAGAAUGCAAGAAAUGCUUGCUCAAAUGCAAGCACAAAUGCAAGGGCAAACAAAUUAA